UCGAAAGGAGAGAAAAGUCCUUUUCCUUUAUCCAGUGGUCGUAUUUAAGGAGGAGAAGGUUCUCUUCUUUUAUUGUAUCGCCAUUGACUUUCGAACCGUCUGAAGUUCUUAAACAGUUGCCAAGGCUUCGUGUCUCAUCGUAGGAAUCAAAAACAAGCUCUAAAAUGGGGACGGAAUUGGACAAGGCCUUAAGUUUGGAGAUAGACAACUUCUCCGAAAGGACAAAUGUGAUGAAGUCGGUUAUCUUCUCAAGCGGCGGCUGCAACUGGUUUCUUUGCGUUUGUGCUGGUGAUCACUUGUCUAUGUACCUGCAAGAUGUGAAUACUCAUAGAUUGAGAUCUGGAUGGAAAAGGAGAGUUAGUUUUUGCUUCGUUUUGUUGAACCAAUCCGGCAAAGAACUUUUUAGAUCACCUGACGAAGGCCGACGCAGGUUGUUCUGCGCUGAGACCCCAAGCUGGGGUUUAGGUAGGACGUUGCCUUUGACGAAGCUCCAAGAAAAAGGGUUUCUGGAGAAAAACAAACUAACCAUUGAAGUCUACAUGAAAGUUUUCGAGGUUGUUCAUCAAGGAAAAUCAACUGAGAAUGAUGUUUUAGAUUACAAUGGCUUCAAUAUUAUUGCUUCUCAAGCUGGUCCAAUAAAAGAUAUAUUUGUUCAGCACCCAGACUUUGCGAUAGAUGUCAUACCAAAGAACCAAGGGGUGAGAACAUCAUACAUGAAUCUCCUCCUCGGCCUCGUGGAGGCACUGAGAAAAUCUCCACAGAGCUUUUCUGUGACUGAACUAAGCAACGCUGAGAGUGAGUUGGCUGAGCUCAAGGAAGCGGGCUUCAAGCUGGACUGGUUGGAUUCAAGGCUUGAGGAGAUAUCCUUGGAGAGGAAGAAAUUAGUCUCUGAUGGGCCUUGGGUCAAAAAACUUGAGGAACAGAUCAAGAGUGUGGAACUGACUUUGUCAGAUCUCAAAGUCGAACUUGACAAGGAGAGGAUCAAAUCUAUCAUAGCAGGUCCAGUGGAAUAUAUCUUUGUAACGCACCCAGACUUUGCAUUAGAUGUCAUACCGAUGAACCAAGGGAUGAAAACAGCAUACAUGAAUCUCAUCAGCAAUCUUGCGAAGGCGCUGAGAAAGUGUCCACGAAUAGUCACUGAGCUGAAGGAAGCAGGCUUCAAGUUCGACUGGUUGAAGUCAAGGCUUGAGGAGAUUUCUUUGGAGAAUAAGAAAGUACUCUCUGGUGGGCCUAGUGUCAAACAACUCGAGGAACAGGUCACGAAUGUGGAACUGAAUUUGUCGGAUCUCAAAGUUGAACUGGACAAGGAUAUGAUCAAAUCUAUCAUUUCUUCUCAAACUGGUCCAGUAAGAGAUAUCUUUGUACAACAGCCAGACUGUGAAGUAGAUUUCAUACUGAAGAACCAAGGUAUGAAAACAGAAUACAUGAAUCUCCUCCUCGGCCUCGUGGGGAUGCUGAGAAAAUCUCCACAGAGCUUGUCUGUGACUGAACUGAACAAUGCUCAAAGCGAGUUGACUGUGCUGAAGGAAGCAGGCUUUAAUCUUGACUGGUUGAAUUCAAGGCUUCAGGAGGUUUCCUUGGAGAGGAAUAAAACAAUGUCUGAUGGGUCUCGGGUCCAACAACUCGAGGGAAGGAUGAAAAAUGUGGAACUAACUUUGUCGGAUCUGAAAGAUGAACUGGACACGGAGAGGAUCAAAUCUGCUGCCAAAGUUUCUUCUUCGUUUGGUUUAUUAGAUUUUUUUAUAAAGAGAUUCUUUCUCUCCUGUUUCUCUUUCUCAAAAUACUAAAACUAGGAAUAAUGUACUGUAUGUUUUAUUACAAUCAGAACCGAAGUUUUCACGAAAAAAUAAUGUAAGCAAACCCGAUUGAAAUAUAUAUGUAUUUAUGAUCUUUUAAAACUAA